UCAACAGAAAAACAUCGGUUAUCGUAGUAGAACCUUGUUUCUGUUAAAAAUCGGAUAAAAUUGUAGUCUGAAUAUAUUUAAACGUUUUAGAACAAUUUGUGACACCCAGAAAGUUAAUAUUUUAUUGUUUAAUAAUGAGUGAAGUGCGACAUAGGCGAGGUGACGGCGACGGAACCGAAAAAGUGGAGACGGCUGGCGAAUCUGACCAUGUGGAUUCAGAAGAAGAAAAAGUACUGGAGGAGAAGUAUGUAGAUGAACUAGCAAAAUCUCUGCCUCAAGGAACGGAUAAAACCCCAGAAAUUUUUGAUUCUGCGCUCUCCGGACUCUCGUCGCGAUGGAGAAAUUGGGUGAUUCGAGGAAUUUUUACAUGGCUUAUGAUUGGUGGAUUUUGCUUACUUAUUUAUGGUGGUCCCUUGGCGCUGAUGAUUACGGUUUUGUGUGUGCAAGUGAAAUGCUUUGAGGAGAUCAUCAAUAUUGGUCAUGCUGUUUAUCGAGUGCAUGGUUUGCCUUGGUUCCGAUCGCUGUCCUGGUACUUCUUGCUCUCUUCAAACUACUUCUUUUAUGGAGAGAGCUUAAUUGAUUACUUUGGAGUUGUUAUUAACAGAACUGAUUACCUACAUUUCCUGGUGACAUACCAUCGUUUUAUUUCGUUCUGCCUGUACUGUGUUGGAUUCGUCUGGUUCGUCCUGUCCCUGGUGAAACGGUACUAUAUGCGACAGUUCAGUCUUUUUGCCUGGACUCAUGUCGCUCUGCUGAUCGUGGUGACUCAGAGCUAUCUCAUCAUUCAGAAUAUAUUUGAAGGUUUGAUAUGGUUCAUUGUACCAGUAUCCAUGAUUAUCUGCAAUGAUGUGAUGGCCUAUAUCUUUGGGUUUUUCUUUGGGAAGACACCGCUCAUCAAGUUGAGCCCCAAAAAGACCUGGGAGGGAUUCAUUGGCGGUGGAGUAUCUACUGUGGUAUUUGGUCUGCUGCUAUCGUACCUGAUAUCCCAAUACCCAUAUCUGGUAUGCCCCAUCGAGUACUCGGAGUCUCUGGGCCGUAUGACGAUGGAUUGCGAGCCGUCAUCCCUAUUCCGUCUGCACGAGUACACUCCGCCUGACUGUCUACUGCCGCUGGUGAGAUUACUCGGCCACGAUACGAUCACAAUGUACCCGUUCAUGAUUCACUCGCUGUCUCUCAGCAUCUUCAGCUCUGUCAUCGGACCUUUUGGUGGAUUUUUCGCAUCUGGAUUCAAGCGAGCGUUCAAGAUAAAGGACUUUGGUGACGUGAUACCCGGCCACGGCGGUAUAAUGGAUCGCUUCGACUGUCAGUUCCUCAUGGCGACGUUCGUCAACGUAUACAUCACGAGCUUCAUACGCACCGCUACGCCACAGAAAUUGUUACAGCAGGUGUACAACAUGAAACCAGAACAACAGCUGCAACUCUUCUAUGCUCUGAAGGAAUCGCUCGAACAUCGGAACAUACUAAAUUCUAUACCUUAAAAGGUAGAUUUCGGUUGGGUAGUUUCACUAUUUUAUUAUUUUUCAAAUUAGUUUAUGAUCGUUAAAACUGUUAGUUAAAUAACUUUAAAUUUCAAGUAUAAGUAGUCAAUACUAUAACUGUUAUACUGAUUAUAGUAAAUUGGAAAUUGGUUAAAGUUAAUUACAGUUAAAAUGAUUUCUUUUAUAUUAAAUUGGAGCGCGUUUAUCAUAAUUAACUUAGAAAUAUCGAUAGUUGAACGUGUUUUGCAAGUUUUUUAAGUAAUAUAUACUAUGCGUAUACGUCUACCAAACGUACACAACGUAUACGUGUACGUACUAAAAUGUUUUUUUUUACAUUUACUAGAAACCAUCGUCUUGAAUAUUCCUUUUGGUUGAUAUGUUUUCGUAAGUUAUAUUUAUAGAUUAGAAAAAUUAUUGUUGAUUAUGCUGUGAAACUACCCUAAAGGUAUGACAUAUCUACGUUGUCAGAUUUUUUGUUUCAGUUCUAACAAUACGUAUUUUUCUAUUUCAUUGAUCUCAAUUUACAGUCUAAGCCAUAGUCUGAAAUUCACAGAGUCAUAAUGGCGCAUUAUUAUCUAAAACUCAAUCUUAUUUUUAAACGAGUUUAGGCCAUUGUGAUGUUUUUUUUAACUAUAUUGUUACUAUGAAACCAUGAUAAUAUGAUACUUUAGUCCACGAUGUCAGGAUGAAAGGAAAUUGCUAGGACGUCGUUACGUCCUUGUCAAUUGUCAUCAUGAAACGAAAAAUCUGACAUUUGACAACGUUCUUAUGAACGGCAUUUAAUCUAGUCGUUGUGCAAUCGUUUACUAUCGGCACAAUAAAUAAACCAAUUUCAAUGUAAACGAAACACAAUUUUUGAAUAUACACCUCCCUCUUCUAUAGUCUGCGCAACGAAAAUGAAGCAUUUCAAAAAUAGACCAUAAUAAAAAUAUUCAUAUUUCAGGGCGCAGACUAGUUUAGUAUUGCUAUUAAAGUACCAUAGAUUAAAAACGCUUUCGUAGUAGUAUUUGUUAACUGUGGAAUAAUUUUUAGUCUAUAUUUAGUUAUUGGUCCUAUUUGGGAAAUGGCUCGAAUUAUAUUUUAUUAAAUGUUAUUAUUAAAUAGUACUAUUGUAUAGUUUCUAAUUCUCAUUAUUUCUGUAUUUGUAUGUUAUAAUUGUUAUGUUGCGUGAGAGUGAAAUAAAUAUCGCAUCUUAGCGAGCUUAGCGAAUAUAAAUUAAAUUUAUUGUUCAUACUUAUAAUAAAAUAUAGAUUAUUCAAAUUUCUAACUUUUAUGAAACCCAAUUCAUAACAAUUAAGGUAGUGUUACGAGACUAUCUGAUUUAUUAUGAAUGGGGGUAUUUAAAAUAGGCGUGACUUAAACUAUUUUCAAACUUCGAUUUAUAUAUUUUGGCGCCUUUUGAAAUUUAGCAUUUAAUAUUUUCAAGUUCUAUAUAACGUUAAACUGAUUCAUUAAAUUACUAAAAAACUGAAUUAUUUAUUAAAAUAUACAAUUGUCCUAUUUGUCUACGCGAGUCGGUUUGAAAUAUAAAUAGAUAAAUUGGGACCCAGAUAUGUCGAUAAAAACAUGCACUUACGAUAUUAAUUAAUAUUAUGCUUUUUUUAAGAUGGCGGCGUUUCGAGUUGCCAUGUGCCAAAAAAAAAAUCCUCACUCAAUUUGAAAAUUUAAUUAAGUCUGAAUCUAUUUGCUUAUUACUCUAUGAUAUAGAAAAGAAUAAAAAAAAACAUUCCUAAUUCGAAUUCUUUUGAAAUUUAUUUUUUAAACGUAUUGGGUAUUUUGCCAUAUGAUUUUUGACACAGGGAUUUGCAUUUUAUGCUCUAGACUGAAGGACUGAUUUUUCGUACUAAGAGGGUCAGAAGGAAUCAGCGGUUUCAAUAAAGAAUUUAAACAUUAACGGUCUUAUUAUGGCACGUGAAGAUGCACUAUUUGUUACCAUGGUUACUAUUCCUUCAGUAAGGAAAUAACAUCGCAACUAUAGUGAUAAAUACGGUCCUAACUUUACACCACGUUUUAUUAUCUUAAAUAUCGCUAUUUAAUGGUCAUAUUUGCAUACGAAUGAACAUAAAAAUGACACAGUAACAAUGCCAAAUCGAUAAAUAU